GGUUGUCAUUUUACAUUUCCCUGUCGAAUUCCUAAUUGAAGAAAUUAUGUUAUUAUAACAUUGGAAUAACAAAAUCAAUUUUUUCUGUAACAGUGGAACAAUUUGUAUUGAAAUUUACAAAUGAAAUGUGAAAAAUAUGACUGACAGAGCAAUAGCGUCACGUCCCAGCUUGGAACAGGUUAUUGCAAUAGUGGAUUUUAUGGAAAAGCACCCUGCUUUGGCUCUCGGUCAAUUAAGAGGUUUGGAGGGAAGAGAUGAAAGCAAAAAACUCUGGUGCAAACUGACAAGGAUUGUAAAUAAUAUUACUGGACCAACACGCCCUAUGAAAUCUUGGGUUAAAUACUGGGCGGACAAAAAAUCAACUGUAAGAUCAAAAGUGCAAUCCGGGGGUGGAGAUCCCAAUACUCUAUGUUCAAAUAUAGAAAAGAAAAUAUGGGAUUUAUUUUUGUCAAAUGAUGCAGGAAAUAGUACUCGUAACUCAGUAAAACUCGAAUCGCACUAUACGGAAGAAGCAUUUUUCGAUGAUAAUAUGGAUCAGAACCAUGAAAGCGAACCUGUUCUUAAUUUUGAGGAAUCAACAAAUAUAGAGGAACGACAGAUGCGUGUUAUGGAGAAAUUGGUGAAAUCGAUGGGCGAGCAAGCAAUGGCUAUGAUGCAGUUGGCUCACGCGUCUAACGCUCACACACAGGCCAUGGAACGAUUGGCUGAAGCAUCACAGAUUCAAGCACGAGCAAUGGAGCGUUUGGCUAAUGCGUUUGAAACUAUAAGUUCUACAACACAUGACAUAGGAAACGCUAUUGUCGACAUCGACUCCACAAUGAAAAGGUUCUACACAACCUCACCUACUUAGCACAGGUUUAUACAGUGAAGUGAAAAUGUUUUGAACAAUUAUAUUACCUGAAAUGGUAACAGACACUAUUAUAAUGACAUUAAUGUCCAUAAUAUGUCGUAUUUGAUAUUUUAUUGAGAUACACAGCAGGGAAUGUCUUGAAAUCUUGAUCAGCCUGACUUGAAAAGUACCUCAACCUUACAGAAGAUCACAGCGAAAUAAUAGACAAUAUUACUGCUCUCAAAAUAGUCUCGAGUUCCUGUGAUGAGAUAGUGGAUUUUUUCACAGAGCUAUGAAAGUGGAAUACGUGACACGUAGACACGUACGUGGAGACACGUGAUAUGUAAAUAGAUUUUACAAGAGGCGUCAAAUGUAAAUUAUAUGAGAUCUGAAUGAAUUUUUAAUAAUAAAUUUUGAAAGAUAUUUAAACUUAUUAACUUGUAUCUUGUAUGUUACUGAAUUGAUUAUGGUCUUGAUUUCUUUUUAAUAAUACUCAAACACGGUCGUUUGUUCCUACGGUAAGCAACUUAAUGCUUGUGUAACAGGUAACAGAAGACGUUUUAGGUAUUUUUUUUUUCUUUCGGCUCUUAUCUAAUUGUAUACAUAGAAGAUUUUAUUGCCAUUUUAGGACUGUUAAGUUCCUUAUGUACAUAGCCUUAGAGUAUACAUUACACAGUAGUAUAGAGCGCGCGUAUUGCACAAAUUGCUUAAUACGUAUCCUAGGCAAAUGAACUAUAGAUACUACGUUGAUGAGUAUAUGACAAAUAGAGAUGGCAUAAAUAAUUUACUGAAUGGCAACGAGCUAUCGAUAAGUCAUGUAAAUAGAUAUGUUUGUUAAAUACAUUUAAAUUAAA